CACGUGGCUAUUUGAAUCAAGUUAAUGUACUUGUACAAAUUAUUUGUAUAUGAUUAAUAUAUUUUACUAAUAUUCUGUAUUAGGAGUACUCAUUCUGAAAAGACAUUUGUUUAAAUGAAAAUAAGAAGAAAAGCGUGACAAGUUAAAAAAAGAGAAAAUAUAUCAGGACGAUACCUGAAAUGGAAGUAGCAAAACAGUCGCGGUCUAAGACAAGCAUUUUGACGAAGCUGGCCGACGACGUUAACUGUCUUUCGCUAGAUGAUUCGGCUACAACCAACUUUCAAGAAUGCAUUCAAAACAUUUUGACAGUAAAUUUUGAACAAUUAAAUAAAGAAGAUGAAGUAUGCCGUGAUGCAAAAUUCGACGUUUCAAUCAAAUCCUUGAUGAGAUUUUCAAAAGGGGUUAUCAACUGUAUUGGAACAACAUCAAAAGUGUCUGGUCAACGGAUGCUCGGGACUGUAUGUAACGUCGCCACAACUGUAAUUACAUAUUUCUUUGCUGAGCAGGACGUUUCUGCAUUUCUGAUGACACGUUUUGGUACUAUUAUGAAUGAAGAGCUCAGAUUAAAGUGUCUAGCAUCUUGCAUAAAGAUAAAACACUGUAUCAGCUAUAUGCAAGGUUUACCUAAUCCAAACAAACUCGGACCAGAUGAUAAAAAGAUGCAUCUUCUACUUAUGGCAGCCGAUGUUCCAGUUCAAACAGGACUUGAUGAACUAUUAUAUCUGGGUGAAAAAAUAAGAAAAUUAGUAAAAUCAGCAAUACAUGAUAUGAACAACUUUGAAGAUUUGAUGAGAAAUGUUGAAUUAUAUUGUUGCCUAGCCACUUUUCGGGAACUAUUUCUUCUAUACCGCUUUAGUUUUCAGUCCAUGUUAGAAGUGAACGCCGAGUCUGUCAGGAAUGUUAUUGAUGCACAACAGGAAAAUGAUCAGUCUGUUCUCGAGUUUUUAUACAAACCUACAAUGGAAAAUGUGAAAUUGUUCUACGAAGUACUACAAGGUGACUGGCCAUUAUCAAGGGCAUUCUGUGAAAGGCGUGGUCUUUUGGUAGAAGAUUUGGUGUUUUUAGAUAGAGGAGUGUAUACAAUUGAGUCGGUUGCAGACAAAACAAAGCUAUAUACAAUCAGCGACUCGUAUUUACGUUCUGGAAAGGUCAUUGAUUGCGUUUUUAUGGAGUCAAGUCGUAGGAAGGGAAGAAAUGUCUUCUCUUUUCAGACCGAGUCAAAUUUUGUUGGUGCGUCUGAAAGAGCGCGUCAUCUUUGCUUAACAGAAACAAAAGAAUUCUGGUAUGUAUUGAAAGUGCGUGGGAAUACACCAAUAGACAAAGAAUGUUACAUGAUAUGGUUAAAAUCAGACAUUAAGAAAUGCUUGUGCCAAGAAAGGAAGGAUUCUAGCUUCCUUGCCUUACCAUUUGGUCAGCAGACAACAUGUCUUUCAACGACAAAGGACAUAAAUUCAAGUUUUUUAUGGACAAUCGAAUCCUUAUGAAUUAAAAAAAUACCACAUGUAAAGAAAGAAAAUAAAGUUAUUGGCUACGUGCCAUCACAUUUUAAAUUGACAUACAUGUCUGCCUAUAAUAUGAAAAAUUUAUCGACAUAAAUGUUUGAAUUGCAGUUAUGUAAAGAUUAUCUUCGGUUCAUGCAUGGUCUUAUUAUCAAAGCUAUGUUGAUAUAUUCUAAUUAAGAUAGUAUUCUCAUUUAAAUAUAUAUCAAUAUGUAUAAUGUAAUGAAUAUUUGCUGAACGGAUGAUAAACCUGAUUUGUUGACCUAUUGUUUGAUCUGUUUUGUUGAAAUUCAAAUAAAUCAGUAAAUUGAAUACAUGAU